CCCUGCAAAUUCAUUCGUCCUGUGGUAGUUCUCGUUCCAGGCCCAUUGUAUCCACCCUUGGACGUCGUUAUCGAGUCUCGGAAGCUCAGGUAGAUCUCAUUUCACACUCCUAAAACCUGACCGAAACUAUAGCUUUCCGAAACGUCGAUCGAUUGAUCGAUCGGCGUCCUAGUCAGAAGGUGUUGGGUCAGUUUGAGAGAGUUAACAACUUACAUUGUGUGUGUAGAUAGAUCUUGAUAGGCUUGGAGGGUUAGGUUGGGGUGAGUGGUAGUAGUGCAAGAUGGCGGACCUGUCGUCGUCUGCAGUGGGAGACAGGAAUGCUAAGGGUGAUCCCGGAUCGUCCAUGCAUGGCGUCACGGGAAAGGAGGCCUUGUAUGCAUUCUCCUUGCAUGACGGGGACAAGAUGAAUUAUGACCCGGACGCAAAGUUUGCGCUUCCGGUGGAUUCUGAGCACAAAGCCACGACGAUGAGAAUUCACAGCUUUUCUCGUCCCCACAUGUUGACCUUUCACUUGUCAUGGUUUUCUUUCUUCACCUGCUUUAUGUCUACUUUUGCUGCGCCCCCGCUCAUUCCCGUGAUUCGUGAUAACUUGAACCUGAACAAAGAGGACAUUGGACACGCCGCCAUCGCCUCUGUGACGGGUUCAAUUUUGUCUCGUUUGUUGAUGGGAUCCUUGUGCGACAUGAUUGGCCCACGAUAUGGAUGUGCAUUCCUCGUGAUGAUCAUUUCGCCGGCUGUGUACGCAAUGGCUGUUGUGGACUCCGCUGCGGGGUUUACGGCGGUAAGGUUCUUUGUCGGGUUUUCUCUGGCCACUUUCGUCUCUUGCCAGUACUGGAUGAGUUCCAUGUUCAACGGCAAGAUCGUCGGAACCGCAAACGGUAUUGCAGCUGGUUGGGGUAAUUUAGGAGGAGGCGCAACGCAAAUGAUCAUGCCUCUGGUGUACGCACUCAUUAAAGACAGUUUCCACUCCCCGAGCUACACAGCGUGGCGCCUGGCGUUUUUCCUGCCUGGUGUAAUGCACACUGUCAUUGGUCUGUUGGUGUUGUUUCUUGGACAAGAUCUCCCCGACGGUAACUUCAAGGAGCUUCAGGAACAAGGAACCAAACCCAAGGACAGCUUCAAGAAGGUAUUUAUCAACGCGAUCACGAACUACAGGACAUGGAUUUUCUUGAUCACCUACGGCUACUGCUUUGGAGUCGAACUCACCGUCGACAACAUCAUUGCUGAGUAUUUCUACGAUCGCUUCGGAUUGAGCUUGUCCACCGCAGGAAUCAUUGCAUCCAGCUUCGGAUUGAUGAACAUUUUCUCUCGCCCAUUGGGAGGAAUAUUGUCUGACGUCGUCGCAAGGAGGUAUGGAAUGCAAGGACGGCUGUGGAACUUGUGGAUCAUCCAGACCUUGGGAGGCGUAUUCUGCAUCGUUCUGGGCAAGACAGCAGCGCUGGGACCCGCUAUCGGGGUCAUGAUUGUGUUCUCCUUCUUCGUCCAGGCCGCGUGCGGUGCGACGUUCGGCGUGAUUCCAUUCGUGUCUCGACGGUCGCUGGGUGUGAUCUCUGGGUUUACCGGAGCAGGAGGCAACGUCGGUGCGGUGCUAACGCAGACGAUUUUCUUCACCCAAGCCACGUACCACACGGAGGUGGGUAUUGAGAACAUGGGAAUCAUGAUCAUCUGCUGCACGGCGCUGGUGCUGUUCGUGUGGUUCCCGCAGUGGGGAAGCAUGUUUUUCAAAUCGUCGAGGAUGACGGAGGAGGACUAUUACGCUUCGGAGUACAGCGAGGGAGAGCAGGAUCAAGGGCUGCAUCAGGCGAGCUUGAAGUUCGCAGAGAAUGCCAAGUCGGAGCGAGGAAGGAGUAAGGGCAGCAAGAGCCCUCCUGAGAAUGGGAAGCCAGAUGGGUUGAAGGGCAUCAAGGAGGGCGCGGAGGUUUAAGUUGACAGAUUACUCAUUCUUUUGGGAUAUUCAGGCCGUUCUCAGCUAGUCACAGAUUUAUGUUCUGCCUCGUUUGUAAAUAGAUGCGUUUCUGCCUUGAGUCCUGAUGAGUCUUUUGGCAUUCAUGCCAAUUUCCACGCAUCUUAUGUGGGCUUCAUGGUGAAAACACAUCCUGUGUCAACUAGGUGUAAUCUCAUCUCGUUUUUGUUUGAAGGCUUCUUGUUGCAUUGUGUAUUGAUUCGGUGGAAAGCCAUCGAGAUAUUUUGCGGUCGCAAAUGGCCGUCACCUGGUAAUAGUAUGAGAGGGAUAGCGAAAUAACUAGCUCGUGACCAAUGCCCCAAAGCAUUGAACACAAGCAGUAGAGUGAGCUAAUUCCAAGGAAAUGUCGAGAUGAGAUCAUGUAACAUCCACCGCAUACUGGUUACAGUUUCCGGCGGCAGUGGAGAUUCACCUUGCCAAGAAAUUCUGAAGCUGAUGCUGUAUUGUAGGCAAUUCAAGGAGUGAGUUACACUAAGUAGGUAGAAGUGGGUAAAAGAUAACACUUUUUCAAAUGGGGCUGUGUAGAAUGUGAAGUAGGGCGGUGGUGCGCUGUUUAGAAACGCAACAUCCUGCUUGGUAGAACUUUUUGAUGUUCCUUGGUUUGCACACAGUUAGAUUUAUUCUUGAAAACUUUACUUGUGCUGAAUAACUGUUCCUAGACAUGGCUUCUUCUUCGAGCCAUUUACUGAACAGCUCUACGAGCUUUCAAUUCUACGUUUCUUUUGUAAUGGAACUGGGUUUUGUCA